AUGGGUUCAGGAAAGACCACAGGCGCCGGAGGAAGCCCCGAAGAGACCACAUGCGCCGGCGGAAGCCCCCAGAGACCACAGGCGCCAGAGGAAGCCCCCCAUAGCCCACAGGCGCCGGAGGAAGCCCCCAUAGACCACAGGCGCCGGAGGAAGCCCCCCAGAGACCACAGGCGCCAGAGGAAGCCCCCAGAGACCACAGGCGCCAGAGGAAGCCCCCAGAGACCACAGGCGCCAGAGGAAGCCCCCCAUAGACCACAGGCGCCGGAGGAAGCCCCCCAUAGACCACAGGCGCCGGAGGAAGCCCCCCAUAGACCACAGGCGCCGGAGGAAGCCCCCCAUAGACCACAGGCGCCGGAGGAAGCCCCCCAUAGACCACAGGCGCCGGAGGAAGCCCCCCAUAGACCACAGGCGCCGGAGGAAGCCCCCCAUAGACCACAGGCGCCGGAGGAAGCCCCCCAUAGACCACAGGCGCCGGAGGAAGCCCCCAUAGACCACAUGCGCCGGCGGAAGCCCCCCAGAGACCACAGGCGCCGGAGGAAGCCCCCCAUAGACCACAGGCGCCGGAGGAAGCCCCCCAGAGACCACAUGCGCCGGCGGAAGCCCCCCAGAGACCACAGGCGCCGGAGGAAGCCCCCCAUAGACCACAUGCGCCGGCGGAAGCCCCCCAGAGACCACAGGAGCCAGAGGAAGCCCCCAGAGACCACAGGCGCCAGAGGAAGCCCCCCAGAGACCACAGGCGCCAGAGGAAGCCCCCCAGAGACCACAGGAGCCGGAGGAAGCCCCCCAGAGACCACAGGAGCCGGAGGAAGCCCCCCAGAGACCACAGGAGCCAGAGGAAGCCCCCCAGAGACCACAGGAGCCGGAGGAAGCCCCCAGAGACCACAGACGCCGGAGGAAGCCCCCCAGAGACCACAGGCGCCGGAGGAAGCCCCCCCCAGAGACCACAGGAGCCAGAGGAAGCUCCCCAGAGACCACAGACGCCGGAGGAAGCCCCCCAGAGACCACAGGCGCCGGAGGAAGCCCCCCAUAGACCACAUGCGCCGGCGGAAGCCCCCCAGAGACCACAGGCGCCGGAGGAAGCCCCCCAUAGACCACAUGCGCCGGCGGAAGCCCCCCAGAGACCACAGGCGCCAGAGGAAGCCCCCCAGAGACCACAGGAGCCAGAGGAAGCCCCCCAGAGACCACAGGAGCCAGAGGAAGCCCCCCAGAGACCACAGGAGCCAGAGGAAGCCCCCCAGAGACCACAGGACCAGAGGUCACUCCCCCAGAGACCACAGGACCAGAGGUCACGCCCCCCAGAGACCACAGGCGCCAGAGGAAGCCACCCAGAGACCACAGGCGCCAGAGGAAGCCCCCCAGAGACCACAGGCGCCAGAGGAAGCCCCCCAGAGACCACAGGCGCCAGAGGAAGCCCCCCAGAGACCACAGGCGCCAGAGGAAGCCCCCCAGAGACCACAGGAGCCAGAGGAAGCCCCCAGAGACCACAGGAGCCAGAGGAAGCCCCCCAGAGACCACAGGAGCCGGAGGAAGCCCCCAGAGACCACAGGAGCCAGAGGAAGCCCCCCAGAGACCACAGGAGCCAGAGGAAGCCCCCCAGAGACCACAGGCGCCAGAGGAAGCCCCCCAGAGACCACAGGCUCCAGAGGAAGCCCCCCAGAGACCACAGGCGCCAGAGGAAGCCCCCCAGAGACCACAGGAGCCAGAGGAAGCCCCCCAGAGACCACAGGAGCCAGAGGAAGCCCCCCAGAGACCACAGGCGCCGGAGGAAGCCCCCCAGAGACCACAGGAGCCAGAGGAAGCCCCCCAGAGACCACAGGAGCCAGAGGAAGCCCCCCAAAAACCACAGGCGCCAGAGGAAGCCCCCCAGAGACCACAGGCGCCGGAGGAAGCCCCCCAGAGACCACAGGAGCCGGAGGAAGCCCCCCAGAGACCACAGGAAGCCCCCCAGAGACCACAGGCGCCAGAGGAAGCCCCCCAGAGACCACAGGAGCCAGAGGAAGCCCCCCAGAGACCACAGGAGCCAGAGGAAGCCCCCAAAAACCACAGGCGCCAGAGGAAGCCCCCCAGAGACCACAGGCGCCGGAGGAAGCCCCCCAGAGACCACAGGAGCCGGAGGAAGCCCCCCAGAGACCACAGGAGCCGGAGGAAGCCCCCCAGAGACCACAGGCGCCAGAGGAAGCCCCCCAGAGACCACAGGAGCCAGAGGAAGCCCCCCAGAGACCACAGGAGCCAGAGGAAUCCCCCAGAGACCACAGGCGCCGGAGAACGAAGGAGAAAGUAGAUAAGAAUGAUAACUAG